AUGAAGCUGCUCCUCUCCUUUGCUGGGCUGUUGGCAUCACUAAUCUUGACUCAACCUACUGAAUCUGCAGAGACUUUGCUCCAAUCUACCGAGACUGCAAUCAUCUAUGAAGCUGUGAAUGAAGCCAAGGACCAUGUUAAUAAGGCCUUCCUGGCUGGCCGGACCAAGGUGAAGGCAAUCAUGGGGAGCACUCCGACUUCCCUCCAGCUGUCCAAAGUCUUCAAACAAGCCACUGGCCAGACACGGGAGGUCUUGCGCAAGGCCCAGGUAUGGGAGGAAUGCAUCAAGAUCCUAGGACAGAAAGUACACAUGAACUUGUUGGCCAUUGACAAUGUUACAGCCCCCAGUUUUGACUUGGAUCUGCUUUCUAAAGAGGUGGGCUGUAACAAGGUGACCCGAUCAGUGAAGUGUGACUGGAACAGCAAAUACAGGACCAUUACCGGAGAAUGUAACAACAGACGGGAUCCCAUAUUGGGCUCAUCAAACAGAGCACUAGCCCGAUGGCUGCCUGCAGAAUAUGAAGAUGGGAUUUCUCUGCCCUAUGGGUGGACUCCUGGGGCCAAGAGGAAUGGCUUCCCUCUCCCACUGGUCCGAGAUGUGUCCAAUCAGAUAGCCGGCUACUUGAAUAAACCUGAUGAACCUGACCCAUCGUGGUCAUUGAUGUUAAUGCAGUGGGGACAGUGGGUGGACCACGACCUUGACUUUGCCCCAGAUACUGAGCUGAUAGUCAAUGAGCACAGCAAAAAGCAAUGUGAUGAACUCUGCAUUCAAGAAGACAACUGUUUCCCCAUCAUGUUCCCACCUGGCGAUCCCAAGUUGAAGAAACAAGGACCCUGCAUGCCCUUCUUCCGGGCUGGCUUUGUCUGCCCUUCGGACCCCUCCAGUUCGCUGACCCGAGAGCAAAUCAAUGCCCUGACUUCCUUCCUGGAUGCCAGCAUGGUCUAUGGGCCUGAGCCACUGCUUGCCAACAAACUCCGGAACAUGAGCAGCCCCCUGGGCCUGAUGGCAGUCAAUGAGGAGUUUUCGGACAACGGAUUGGCAUUGCUGCCUUUUGACAACAAAAAGCCCAGUCCCUGUGAAUUCAUCAAUAGCACCGCUGGGGUGCCCUGCUUCCUGGCUGGUGAUUCCCGGGCCAAUGAACAGUCUUUACUAACAGUCAUCCAUACACUUUUUAUUCGGGAACACAACCGAUUGGCUAAGGAGCUGAAGAAGAUCAAUCCCCAUUGGAAUGCAGAAAAACUCCACCAGGAAAGCCGGAAAAUUGUGGGUGCAAUUACACAGGUUAUCACCUAUGACCAUUACCUGCCUAUUGUGCUGGGAAAUGAGUUCGAAAAGGAGAUUCCCAGGUACCAGGGCUAUAACGAAUCAGAGGAUCCCCGCAUCGCCAACGUCUUCACCUUCGCCCUUCGAUUCGGUCAUGUUGAGGUGCCGUCUGCUAUCCACCGACUAGAUGAACAUUAUGAGCCCUGGCGCUCGGAGCCGCCUCUUCCCCUGAGCACUCUCUUCUUCAAUAGCUGGAGGUUGGCCAAAGACGGUGGAAUUGACCCUUUUGUCCGGGGUAUGCUGGCCAAGCCGUCCAAGAUGUUGACUCAAGACAAUAUGAUAAGCGAUGAACUGAGAAACAUGCUUUUCCAGCCAAAUCACAAGAUCCAUGGAUUUGACUUGGCCUCCAUCAACAUGCAGAGAGGACGGGACCAUGGGAUGCCAGGAUACAAUUCUUGGAGAGACUUCUGUGGCCUCUCACAGCCUAAGACUGUAGAAGAGUUGAGUGCCGUGUUGGGGAACAACAGGGAGCUGGCUCAGAAGUUCAUGGAUCUGUAUGGGACGGCAGACAGCAUUGACCUGUGGAUUGCAGCCAUUGCCGAGCCCUUUGUGCCAGGGGGCAGAGUUGGGCCCCUCCUGACGUGUCUCCUGGGGAAGCAGUUCAAAAAGAUCAGAGAUGGAGACAGGUUCUUUUGGGAGAAACCUGGAGUGUUCACCCCACAGCAGCGAGCCGCCCUGAAGAAAGUCUCCUUAUCUAGAGUGGUCUGUGACAACACUGGCAUUACAGAAGUCCCUGUGGAUGCAUUCAAGGCCAACCACUACCCUCAGGGCUUUGUGAAGUGCUCAGAAAUCGACAAGCUGGACCUUACCCCCUGGACCUGUAAGAAGAAUUAA